UUUGGGGGAUAUUUGAUGGAAUAUCUUCACCACCAAUCAAAGUCUUUAUAGUUCAGUCCCAAUACUGUUUUAGUCAGCUUACAUUUCUCGAAAACAAUGACAUUUUGGAAAAGCUGAUGUAAAGAAAAGAAGCGAGUUCUUGACUUUUUGUUAUUAUUAAUUAGUUCAGAAACACCAAGUUUUUUUUAUUCUGAGAAGAAGAAAAACUCAUUCAACAAGUUUUUUAAGUAAUGGCUCUCUGUUCUCCAACUAACCCACAUUUUUUCCAACCUCUUCUUCCCGGUUUCACUAAGCACCUCGACAUUCCUGUGGCAUUCUUUUUGAAGCACUUAGAUAAACGUAACAAAGGCAAAACGGCAAAGCUGAGAUCAGACACAUCCGAGACGACCUGGAACGUGAAGCUUGACGGCCGGAGAUUCUCUGACGGUUGGGAAUAUUUCGCCGUCGCUCAUGAUCUCCGAGUUGGUGACAUUGUUGUUUUCAGACACGAAGGAGAGUUAGCGUUCCAUGUCACAGCUUUAGGACCAAGUUGUUGUGAGAUUCAAUAUGGAGAAGAUAGCCAAGAAGAGGACAAAAGUGGGGAGCUUUGUGAUGCUAUGGAGGAGAUUUCAAGAAAGAAGAAGAGACCAAAGACAGAAAUAGAUUUUUCAAAAGACCAAUCUUGUUUUGUUAUUACAGUCACGCCAUCAAAUCUAAGGCGUGAUACAGUGUAUCUUCCGAAAGCCUUUGCAGUGGUAAAUUGUCUGAUGAAGAAAUUUGAGAUUGUUUUAGUGAAUGAAGAACGAGAAUCAUGGAAGUUAAACUUGAGACAAGAUUCAUAUUUAGGCCGGUUUUACAUGAGCAAUGGCUGGAGAAGUUUCUGUGUUGCUAACGGGAAGAAACCUGAAGACAUGUUCACAUUUAAAAUGGUCCAAAAUGAAACAACACCUGUGCUCAAAUUGUUACCGUGGAACAACGAAGAUCUGCAUAACCCUGAGAAAGUUCCAAAAAAGAAGCAUCAAGAAAUAGAAGCAGAUUCUUCUUUCGUGGCCAUUGUCACGGCUUCAAACAUAAGGCGCGAUACAAUGUAUCUUCCAAAAACGUUCGCAGCGUCGAAUGGUCUAAAAAGUAAAUUUAAGAUUGAUUUAAUGAACGAAAAGGGAGAAUCAUGGACGAUAGACUUGAGACACGAGCCAUACUCAGGCCGGUUUCUUAUAAGAAGCGGCUGGAGAAGCUUUUGCGCAGCUAAUGGGAAGAAGCCAGGAGACAUGUUCAAUUUCAAAUUAAUCCGAAACGUUGAAACACCUGUCCUUAAGUUGUUCCCUUUGAAUCUGCCCAAACUUGAGCCUAGCGAAGACACAAGACAAGGUUUAGAAGCUACGGAAAGAGAGUUUCUUGGUGUAGAAACUAACCGUGAUGACUCAAGGCAAGAAGCUAUUAGGAAAGGAAAAUGGUUAGAAGCUAAUGAAAUUACCAUCAAAGAAGAAAAUAUCUCAACAACCGAAAACCGAUUUGUAACAUUAACACUUACAACUAGUAAACUUGUAAGUUCCACGACAAAACUCUUGUGUGUUUUUCUUUUAUUUUUUUUCACUUGCUAUGGAAUGAAAUCUAAAGAACAAAAUCUACAGAAUCUUCCGUUGGAAUUCACGAAGGGGAAUGGAAUAAAAAAAGCAGAGAAGAUAAAGAUGAUUGACAGGUACGGUACAACAUGGUCGACUUCACUACUCAUGAAUAAGAAGAAAAGAGGAGAAAUGAAAUUAGGAAAGGGUUGCAAAGGCUUCUGUGAAGUCAACGGCGUUAGGAUGGGCGAGUCUUUUGUCUUGGAGUUGGUUUGGGAAGACACAGUUCCGGUUCUUAAGUUCUGUUACAAAUGUUGAGAACCAAAUCAAGAAAGUCUUUUUGACAUGUUGUCAAGAAUCGCUGUUGAAAGGAACUUCAAUGGAUUUUUAGUUUCUUUUUUUGGUUCAACAAUAAUUUAUAUUAUCCCAAUCUUGGUUACAGGAUCAUUAA